GGCGCCAAAAUUGAAAAGUUUUGCCUACAGCGGAUCAGAGGUAAACAAACCGCCUGUGUGGUGAUUCAAGGUUUACUCAUUGUACAGUUUCACAACGUGGACGUCGUACCUGAGAAUGGACCCGACGGCUCGGUUCUUUACAAAGCUGAGGAAGCUGACGGUGACUCUGGAAACAGAAACUACGAAGCUCCAAGAGGACUUUGAAAACCGAAACAACGACGAUGACGACAGAGAAAGCUCAGCCAGAGCGAUGAGAGCUUAUCACGGUCUGAACUGUGACGUCGGAAACCUGAAGGGGCAGAUCCAGGGACAGUUAGCUCAGCAGAAAGCUCGGGGGAACGAGGUGAGCAGCUUCAUUAAGGCCUGCCGAGUGAUGGAGCAGAGAGUCACUCAGGACAUGCAGACGCUGAGGGGACACUGGGAAAAAUACGGUUACCAAGCUCCACCAGACACCCAGAAACUAACCAAGGCUCAAAGUCAGGAAUCAGAGGCUGAAGAUGAAGACGCAAAUGAGGACGAAGCUACCCCAGAAGGAGGAGAAGAGGACAGCCAGAGCGAGGCUGAAGGUUAUCCCUCCACAUCGCCUCCAAACCCAGGACCUCCUCCGUUCACUGAUGUGUUGCGAACCCCUCAGCUCUCUGACUUCGGCCUGUCCGAGAUGCAGCUGAAGAGAGCUAUGGCUGGGGCGGAGUGGUGCUCUGAGGUGCCCCCUAUGCCUGAGAUGAGCCUCCCCCACCUUGCGCUCGGCACUCCCGCACUCCCACCCAUGCCCUUGACUCCCAAAUGUGCCCUGCGGAUGGAUGAUGAUGAGCUUCAGACGCCACAGAUGCAUGACUUUGGGAUCUCAGAGCACACCAUGUGUCUGAACAAUGACUUCACCAUGGAUCUGUUCAAGAAGAAUGUUACAAAGCCCCAAAGACCAUCAGCAGACAUGCCUGCUCACCCAGGGGACUCUUUUAUGAAGAGUUUUCAGACACAAGUCAAUAAGUUUGAGUCUCCAGAGCCGCCUGUGUUUUGCACUCCGGGGCUGAAGAUAAAAAAGGCAAACGGUACCUGUGCCACACCUGCACAAGGCAAUAGAGACCAAGAAUCCCCCAUUCAUCCUAAUAUUCUGCCUACAACCCCGGAGGUUCCUGCAUUUCAAACCCCAUACAUGAACCACAUUGUCAGCACCAAAAAGAGUGCACGGCAGACGGAGCCCAUCAAAAUGCAAACUGAUGACGACAACCCCAGCUUUGAACUCCUAACAUCUCCUCAGAACGGAACAACCGGCUCAAAACGUACCUGGGAGUACAAUGUGCCAGAGAUGUCCAUCAUGGAGAUGCCAGAUCUGGAGUCUCUUCUGGGAAAUACUUUGCAAAGUAGAAGUGCAAAAAUGCUAAAGAAGACCAGUGAGCGUAAUGAGGUGAUCAAGGAGCCAACUGUCAAGAGUCUGGAGCUGGACGGACCCACCCAGGAGUUCAACCUGGGGACACCCCGCAUCAGGAUGGACUACCAAGAGCCCUGCACCCCAGAGAUGCCGGACCUGAGCUCUGUGACACAGGACAUCUGUAAGCUGUUGUCAGAGGCUCAGAAGAAGAAGACUGUCAUGGCAAUUGUGAACCCCAAUGUCAGGCCAGAUAAAAACAGUCCUCUGCGCAGAGCUGCUAAGAUAUCCGCGGUGUCAGAGAGCGAGUUCCAGAGUUUACCCAGCUACCUGAGGCAGAUGACUCUGAACAACCUCAACCAGGCCGUUCACAACAUCAACAAAUACUCAGAGGAGUAUCAAGGUGAAAAUACCGAGUUUCAGAUGGAGGAGCUGAGGAGGAUUACCAAUGUUGGAACCAGGACCCCCGUGUACAUCCUCUGUCUCACUGAGCUCAAGAGGCUGUCGCAUGUCGGAGGUGCCAGGAACACAUCUGUGUACAAACUGCGCACGCACAACUAAAGGUCGCUUUGAUGCUCUCUUCCUGACUCACAGAAAAACCUGUAACAGAGAUGAUGGUCUCUGGUCCGGUGCUUUCAUCCAUAUUCAUCACAAAAAAGAGGCGACACUUCAGAAGGGGAAUCCUAACGUAGUGACUUACCCGGAGAGAGCAGCGUGGUCAGUUUGUUGUCUUUAUAUCUAUGUUUGUAAAUAUGUCUAUUAUUAGUACCUCUGUGGAUUUCUUCCUUAACUCACCUGUAUAUAAUAAAACAUUACUGUUCAAAGUA